AUGGCAUCUUCCCAAUAUUUCUUCAUCCUUGCAAUCGUAGCAAUUCUUGUCCCUUCAAUUUUGGCCACAGAGUUUGUGGUUGGUGAUGACAAGGGUUGGACCGUUGACUAUAACUACACAGCUUGGGCUCAAGGAAAGGAGUUCCAUGUGAAUCAAGUUCUUGGUGCAGUUUUCAAGUAUACAACGGGAUCCCACAUUGUUCUUGAAGUCAAUGAAACUGGCUUCCAACAAUGUGCGGCACUGUUGGGAACUGAGGCCUUGGUUAGUGGAAAUGAUGUGAUUACCCUAGCAAUCUUGGGAAGAAAUUGGUAUAUUUUUGGUGUUGCCAAUCAUUGUGAGAUUAACAAUCAAAAGCUUGCCAUAACAGUGUCUCCAGCACCUUCUUCCGUAUCGGUAGUUUUCAAGUAUAAAGAGGGAGUUCAUAAUGUUCUUAAAGUCAAUGGAACUGGCUUCCAACAAUGUGUUGCACCAUUGGGAAUUGAGGCCCUGAUUAGUGGAAAUGAUGUGAUUACACUAGCAACCUCGGGAAGAAAAUGGUAUAUUUGUGGUGUUGCCAAACAUUGUGAGAAUGGAAACCAAAAACUUGCCAUAACAGUGCUGCCUCAGACAGUGUCUCCAGCACCUUCUCCUGUUUCAGCAGCCAAGGAAUGCGUUAAACCUAUAUACUAUGGGUGGAUGAUGGUUGUUUUUGGCAUCCUUGCCAUGGCCAUGGUUUAA